GAUUGAUUGCCUAUCUUACAUGUUUUGUAUACAAAUUACCCACUUCACAUAAUGAAUUAUUCAAUCAUUAAAAUAAUAAUUAUAUAAUUUCUUAUUUCCAACUUAUGUGUAUUUUUGUACUGAAUACUAUAGUGGAACUAGAAGUUCAAGACAACACUUAAAAAAACGUUUAGAAUAAUUUUUGUUGGAACACAACUCACAAUAUUCCAAGUAUUGAGAAAAAAAAAUAUAUUUAAUUUUAUUCUUGGUUCCACCAUCAUUUUCAGCACUAAAAUACACUUAUGAUUAAACAAUAUUUAUAAAAUACAAUUAAUAAUUUAUCAAUAUAAUUUAAUUUGUUGAUUCAUUGUGUGAGUGGAUAGUAUUUACAUGACGUAUGAGAUAGUAGAUUACACAGCAUCUGGCCCAAUAACAACAUGCGCUUUUAAAUUUCUCAAUAUUUCAUAUUGCACUAAUGUGAAGUAACUAAUUGAUUAAGUUUCUCCAUAACGGAUUUCUUAUGUAUGUAGAGAUUUCAUUGUAAUUACUUAUAUUAUUUUCCAAUAAUAUGGUAAUUUUAGAUGAACAUUAGAUAUGACUAAAAUAUUUCUAUAACAUUUUAGUCUAAAAUGUUGGAAUAUUUAAAUUUAUGUUAGAAUGUUACCAUGUUACCUAUGAUUUUGGUAUACAUAUAAUGUAGGGUUAUAUUAUGUAAUUAUUUAAGUGUGACAUUUUUAAUUAAUUUUUACAUUGUUUGAACAUAGGUAAGCGGCAUGCACUAAGUAAUAUAAGAAUGUUGUAUCUGUUCGAUGAAUUAAUUAAGUUAUGAAGAAAUAAGUAUUUAAACUGAUUUGUAUAAAGUAUUACAUAGUACAUACUUUAGUAUAUAAAAAUUUAAAACAAUUUUUUUAACUUUUGGAAUCUGAGCGUUUUGUUUUCUUUGUUAUAUUUUAAAUAUCUAUGAUAUUAUAACCGUAACAUUUAUUCAAUUUUUGUUUUUUAAUUCAAAAUAUAUUUAGGUCAAUCUUGUACAUGUCAAAAACAAUUUGUGCAACAAUACAAAGGCAACAAGAAAAAUGAAUCUCCGCUACAACGUCCAUUGGAGAAUAUAAAUGAAAUGUUAAGCUGGAUCAAAAUGAAGAAACGUCGUUUGUUUGAUGAAAUUUAUACAAGCCAAACACCUUUAAAUGAUAUACAAUCAAUGAAUAGUAAGAGUGAUACAUUCAGAGACCUGCCAAAGGAAAGUCUAAACUAUGUAGGACUACCAAAUUCAUUUUAUAAUAGUACACUGAAAGUGUUAGAGGAAUAUGUAAGAGAUAAAAAACAAAAAAAGAGUAAAUCAAACAAUAAUAACAAAUGGAUUAAUAUAGAAUUGAUGAGAUAUAUAUGCAAUUUAUUAAAAAUGUCGCCUAACGAAAUAGAUAAUCUUUCAGUGUCGUCAAACUCUGGUAUUCAAUUAGAACAAAGUAUUUUAGAGAUUUCCAAAUCCAAUUUGGAGUAUCACAAAGACAUUUUAAAUUAUAUAUCAAAGUGUUUGGACAGUAAUCUGAGUGACAUUAGUCGAGACCAGGCUUUUAGUUCGCCUCAAUACAUCGGUUUGUUAGAUAAGCUAUAUAAGCUUGCCGAUUAUUAUACAGAGAAGGCACAAGAAAUGCGGAACAUUUGCUUAGAGUCUCCCAGGGUCGAGAUUAAUAGCUUGGAUGAAGAUGCCGUCGAACAAAUUACAGAGGAUAAUCCCAGUUUAACUUCAGAAUUGUCUGUUGAUGGAGCAUAUGUUUUGGAUCAUUUGCGUACACUAUUAGAACAAAGAGGGUUAAUUUGUGCUGAUAGAGAAUGGCCUAUUUUUGGAAAAGAUGACGAAGAUGAUAGCAGAAGCUUAACGGAUCAGCUUCUGGAUAUUAAACCACAAAUUAAAUCUAAAGAUAUUAAAGUAGAACGUUCCGAAAAAGGUAGCUAAUAAUAUUUAUAAUGAAAAUAUUGUUAAAUUGUUUGGUUUAAUAAAUUAAUGAGCGGUAAUCAUUAAUUUAUGAAAAUGAAAUUAAAUAAAUUGUUUAUAUUAAUGUUACUAGUUAGAUUCCAAAAGUUAAAAUUAUCUUACCAAAAUGUGUUUUAUACAUAGUGUGAUUUUUUAAGUAUGUUUUAAUUACUUCUAUUCAAAUUCAGAUUUUUUAAAUAAACCGAAUGUUAUUUUUUUUGAGAAUUCUUAUGUAUCUUAAUCAAAAUUCGAAUUAGUAUUCUCUUUUCAGAAUAAGAAAGGCACAGAGUGAUUGCCUGCUUUCGUCCAGUCAGAUGCUUCUCCCUCUGGUUCAGAACAAAGCCACACACAUGUGCACAAGUCAGCCACAUGCCCAAGUGAUACCUUAUGCUGAAUAGAGUUUAGUCUCGAGUUGUAUAAAAAUUUGUAAAAAUGAUCCUAGU